AUGGAUCGGCCAACGAUUGAGGUAUCAGGAAAUACAUUAGGCAGCCAUUCUUUUAUCCAUACUGGCAAUAAUACCGUCACUCAUCAGUACACCGUCGAACUCCCUCGCCCGAAAACACCCCCGGUCGCCAUCCGAACCAUUGCAUAUCAACCUAAUGAGCAACUCGUUGAGCGCCCGGAUGUUAUGGAUAAACUUAAUUUGCUCCUACCGCAGACAUCACAUACAUACUGCAGCGCCGCGCUCUGGGGUCUAGGCGGAUCAGGGAAAACACAAAUCGCGCUCAAUUUUGCCUAUCAGCGGUACAACAGAACUAGCCGCCCCGUUUUCUGGGUACAUGCCGAUAACGAGGCGACGUUUACACAAGAUUAUAAAAAGAUAGCUCAGGAGUUUCGCAUUGACGAGAAACUCAAGGGUGAAGAACUGCUCGCUGCUGUGUGUAAUCGCAUAGCAGCACUGCCAGACUGGGUGCUUAUUCUUGAUAAUGCCGACGACUUACGGCUAUUUGGUGUUGGGCAGGCACCAGAGCAGACAAAGAACUUAUUUCAAUACAUCCCUCGGGCGUCUACGGGGACAGUGUUGUGGACUUCUCGCGAUGCGCAUAUUGUGGGGACGCUUGUAAGUCCGAGGCGAGGCAUCCAAGUUGCCCGUAUGAAAUCCGACGAGGCAGAAGAACUCUUGAAUAUUGCAAGGGACUCGGAGACGAACGAAGAGCAAGGGGAUAUUGCUGCCUUGCUGGAGGAACUUCAGUGGCUUCCGUUAGCCAUUACGCAGGCCGGAGCUUACAUGAGGCGAACUUCAACAUCCGCCAAGGAGUAUUUAUCUCUACUAGCGCAAAGCAAGAGAAGAUGGGACAUUCUCAAAGAAGAAGACUUUGACAGGCAUCGAAGAGAUGGAGUGCCUAACAAUGUCCUUGAGACGUGGAGCAUCUCGAUUGAUCACCUUAAACAAGAAAGCGAGAUAUCAUACAACAUUCUCCACGUUCUCGCAUACAUUUCCAACCAAAAUAUUCCACACGAGAUAAUAACAACUACGCUCAAGCACAGCGGUAGCGACCAAGCUCAACCAGAGAAAUUGGAGGCUGAGGCUACCAAGGCCAUGACGCGGCUGAAAGAGUUCUCAUUUAUUGGUAUGCACCGAAUGGAAGAUGGCAGCCGGAACUAUGAGAUGCAUAAACUCGUUCAGGAGGCUACGCGAUAUGGCCUAAGUGUAUUGAAGCCAGACAUCCUCGACCGAGGUCCCUCGACGAAGGAGGGUGAGCGAUACUUUUUUGGCAUUGCUCUGCAGGUCAUAUGCGAUCUUUUCCCAAAUCCAGAACCGCAAACACUGGGAAUAUGGACGCAGUGCGAGAAAUAUUUAGCACAUGCAGUGCAAAUAGGAGACUGGAUAGAUUUGCACGAAAAACAACACGAGAUUGACCUACUCUUCAGUAAAGCGUCUAACUUCCUUGGCCAACGUGGCCAGUGGAGGGAGAGAGAACUUUCAGAAGCUAUAGAAGUUCAAGUGCUAGAUCUCCGACGGAAAAUCCUUGGAGAAAAGCAUCCAGAUACAAUAUGGAGUAUUGCAAACCUUGCAGGAAUAUACCAUGAACAAGGCCGGUAUAGCAAGUCGGAGGAGCUAAAAGUGCAAGUGCUUAAUUUUCGACGGGAAUUUCUUGGAAGGGAGCAUCCAGAUACAAUAUGGACCAUGGGAAACCUUGCAGCAACAUACCAUGAACAAGGCCGGCAUAGCGAGGCAGAGGAGCUUCAAGUGCAAGUGCUUGAUCUUCGACGGAAAAUCCUUGGAGAAAAGCAUCCAGACGUAAUAACCGGUAUGGGAAGCCUUGCAUCAACAUACCAUUCACAAGGCCGGUAUAGCGAGGCGGAAACGCUUAAUGUACAAGUGCUUAAUCUUCGACGGGAAAUCCUUGGAGAAAAGCAUUCAGACACAAUGUAUAGUAUGGCAACCCUUGCAGCAACAUACCAUGAACAAGGCCGGUAUAGCGAGGCAGAGGAGCUUGAAGUGCAAGCGCUCUAUCUUCAACGGGAAUUUCUCGGGAGGGAGCACCCGGACACUCUUAGAGCCAUGCACUACCUUGCUGUUAUCUGGAAGUCACAAGGCCGCUACCAUGAUGCACUUGCGCUAAUGGAAGAGUGCGUGCAAUCCAAACGCUCUGUAUUGGGGCCAGAGCAUCCAGAUACAGUCAGGUCUAUCAAAUUUCUCGAAAGGUGGAAAUGUGAAGAGGAGAGCACUGGGCAUAAGCAUUCCGGAAAUUCCAUAUUGCGAAGGAUGGCUCGUCUUUUCAAACGAUCUCAAUAA